AUGGAAUCUGGGCAGUGCGACGAGUAUUACAGUAGAUGCACUGAAAAUUACGACGGUCCUAGUCGAAACGUCUCCUUUGUGGAACAUCGCCGGAAUCUGUUUAUUGCCAGUAUCAACCAUAAUCCUCCGUAUAGCUACGAAUCACCACCGGGAUCGUUAUGUUUUUGUGGCUUAUCCAUCGCCUUACUGGACAUCGUCGCCACGGAUAUCCAGAAACAGCUAAUCUUGAUUCCCGAUCGUCACACCACUGACUACGGUACUUCGUAUUUUGGAUCACCGUAUGACGUCCAAACCGGUUUAGUGGACAUUAGUGUGUGUCCGCUGAGUGUCAAUCCAGAACGGCUCAUGGAUUUUAAUAUGAUCCAGUCGUAUGCCAAGCGUAGUUACCAGAUUGGCGUUCACAAAUCUCACAUGCGACACGGGCCGUUUCCUGUUCUGCCUGGGUUAAUUACGAGUAUCGAUCGCAACGGCUGGUAUGGGAUAUCGCUGCUUUCCGUUGUUCUAGUGAUACUGCUGUGGUGCACCAAGGUUCUAGGGUUGCGAAAGGGUGACACCUCAUGCAAACGCCUAAAGGUCUUCAGAGAAACGUUUUGGGAAGUCUUCAGUGUUUCCUUAAACCAAGGUGGGCAAGCUCUCCACCGUCGUAGAAGUCUGUCGGUCGUGACAGGAUGGUGAAAUCGGAUGAUAGCAAGCUGUCGACUGAAUGAAACGGUAGUAACGGUACAUUUAUGCUGAGUGCAGUCGUCAACGAAGUGGUAAUUGCCGUCAUGAUGAUCAACAUCCAAAAUAUCCAUAUAAGUAGCAUAAAGUAAUAUGAUAUGACUUUUUUCGUGCGCAGUAUGUCGACUACGAGAAAUAAAAAUUGUUUUCAAUUCUCAAACAAGCGU